AGAAGGGUAGAAAAAGAGAAAGUAAACAGCCAAGAAAAGAGUUCUAUAAGGAAGAGAGAGAGAGACAGAGAGAGGGAGAGAGAGAGAGAGACAGAGAGAGGGAGAGAGAGAGAGAGGGGGACUUGGGCUGAAAGUUGAAACCAUUCACUAUUCUCUAGCCAUCACCAUCAUCAUUGUACAUAUGUACAGCUUUUACUUACUACAACUAAGUCUUUACCCUGUCUCCCUCCAGACACACAAUCAGGGUGUAUGUUGUGUUUUCUGAUUGUGAUCUCUCUCAGUUUGUGUCAAUUCUUCAAUUCUUGAUAUUGGGAGAAGCUUUUUGCAUCUGGGUUUUUCUUGAAGAGUUCAAGAAAGUGAGUUACUAGUGUUAAAGACUCGACUUUUAGCCCCUCUCAUCUUUAUAUUCCUCAUCUCGGCUCUCCGGAUUUGUGGGCUACGAGAAAUGACUGUGGAGAAAAUUAGGGGUGACAAUGAAAAUAGUGACAAUUUCCCAGUUGGGCUACGAGUUCUUGCUGUUGAUGAUGACCCAAUUUGCUUGAAAUUACUGGAAACUUUGCUCAGGAAAUGCCAGUAUCAUGUUACGACGACGAGUCAGGCGAGGAUGGCACUGAAGAUGUUAAGGGAAAACAAAGACCGAUUUGACCUGGUGAUCAGUGAUGUCCAUAUGCCAGACAUGGAUGGUUUUAAACUUCUUGAACUUGUUGGUCUUGAAAUGGAUCUACCUGUGAUUAUGUUGUCUGCAAAUGGUGAUCCCAAACUUGUAAUGAAAGGGGUUACUCAUGGUGCCUGUGACUAUUUGGUCAAACCCGUUCGAAUUGAGGAACUAAGGAAUAUAUGGCAACAUGUAAUCAGAAGAAAAAAAUUUGACUCAAGGAACCAGAAUAAGUCUGCCGAACAUGUAAAGUCACAUCACGCUAGCAGAGAAGGUCACGGGUCUGCAACGAUGGGUAAUGCAGAUCAGAGUGGGAAAUUUAAUAGAAAGAGGAAGGAUGAAGAAGAUGAAAGUGAAGAUAAUGGGAAUGAAAGUGAAGACCCUGCAACACAAAAGAAGCCUCGGGUUGUCUGGUCUAUAGAGCUUCAUAGGAAGUUUGUUGCAGCUGUUAACCAGUUGGGAAUUGAAAAGGCUGUUCCUAAAAGGAUUCUUGACCUGAUGAAUGUCGAAGGGCUUACACGGGAAAAUGUGGCAAGCCAUCUCCAGAAGUACAGGCUUUACCUGAAAAGGAUUAGUUCAGUUGCAACCCAGCAAGCGAACAUGGUUGCCGCGCUCGGUGUUAAGGAUUCCCCUUUCAUGCGGAUUGGUCCAUUCGAGGGGCUCGGAGAUUUUCGAACUUUGGCCGGACCAGGUAGACUUGCAAAUGCUGGGUUAUCACCUUAUACAACUGGGGGUAUGCUUGGUCGGCUAAAUACUCCCGCUAAUGUUAACCUUCAUAAUCUUACUCCACCGGCGCUACUCCAACCGACUCAUGCCCAAAACAUCACUGCUAUUGGAGAAAUGCAUCCGAUCCUUUCACCCACAAAUCAAAGUCCAAGUUUAUUUCAAGGAAUGCCAUCGUCGUUGGAACUGGAUCAGUUACAACAGAACAAGUGCUCCACUGGAAUCGUAAAUUUCAAUGCCGUAGACGAUUCAAGGAUGUAUACAGCUUCCAAUGCGUUCACGGACACAGGAACAGCAAUUGGCAGCUCAACCAGUAUCGUAAAUGGCAUCCAAGGUACUCCCGUGAUGCUACACGGGAACUCCCAACAAACGCUGAGUGGUGGAGGAUUUGGGUGUCACUCUUCUCACAACAUGACCUCUUUCAGCUUGGAAUCUCUUACUGCUGGUGUCAAUGGCUCCUCUAAUUUGCUGGAUCCUGGUAGCAUUGAAUCAUGUAAAGUUCAGCCAAACUCAGUACUUUCGACUGACCCAUUUCACAGUCAGUUGCCCUUGAAUGGCGUGAGAGAAAAUAAUUUCUCCAAUGGUUCUUAUUUACACAACAAUCCUGUUGAUAUUUCCACCACCAUGGCUUUGCCUUUUGAAGAUUCAAGAGAGAUGCAGUGCCAAGAAAGUUUGGUUGGGAAUGUGCAGAAUAUUACUCAAACACCAAGCCAAAAGUGGUGUGAACAAGGGCAGAACUAUUCUCACAGUUCAAAAACUACAUUCGGUUCCUCAGACUCUUACAUUCCUGCAAACGGCGCUGUGUCUCCCUUGAGCCGGAGUAUGGGCCAGGAUAGCGAAAUCUUCAACCAGAAGACUGGCAUGUUCAUAAACAGCAGAUCGACUGGAGGUGCUUCAAAUCUUAUGCAAAAGAAUGAGAAUGAAAAGUUGGCAACAGAAUCAAGAGCAAGGUCGAACGAGAACUUCCUUUUGGAGCAACCAAAGUCGCGAGGAUUCGUACCUCGUAGUUAUGAUUCAUUGGAUGCUAUGAUGAAUGCUAUGAUCAAACGGGAACAAGAUGAAGCUAUACCGAACUGCGACUUUGGAUUUGAUGAUUACUCUUUCGGAGCAGCUAUGUGAGGCUGCUGCCUACAAAGGCUUCCGCUAAA